AUGAACUUCUUCAAGUCAAAACCUUCCCCACCGGCAUACGAGACUGUCAUCCCUGAAGAAAAUGCCAACUUCCUUUCUCGUAUCAUAUUUUGGUGGGUCGGUGACCUGAUGCGUCUUGGUUACAAACGUCCCUUGGAAAAAGAAGAUCUCUACUUGAUGAAUGAUAGGCGAUUAACUGAAAACUUGGCGGUCAAGUUUGAUGUUGAAUGGAAAAAGGAGCUAAACAAAGUGGGCACGAAGAAAAAUCCAUCAUUGUGGAAGGCGUUAAACAGGACUGUGGGACGGAAAUUUUGGAUUGGUGGAUUCUAUAGACUAUGUGGUGAUGCUCUACAAGUUACCUCACCGUUGAUGAUUCAGAAAAUUCUAAUAUUCGUAGCAACUGCAUACUUUUCCAAUAUAUUCAAAUUUCCGGAACCCAAAGCCUCCGAUGGUUAUAUUUACAUCGUUGGUCUCUUCUUAAUGCAAAUGGGUUACACCUUCUUCAAUAAUUCCUUCUUUUACAAAUCUAUGGAAACUGGAUUUCUUGUCCGUUCCAUACUUAUUAACGCCAUCUAUCGGAAAGCUAUGGUGCUCAGUGGAAAAGCACGCGCUUUAUUCACAGUCGGAAAAAUCACGAAUAUGAUGUCCACCGACCCGACGCGUUUAGAUUUUGCAGCUGGUUAUGUGCACAUAAUGUGGGCUGCCCCUUUAGAAACUUUUGUCGCUCUUGGACUAUUGAUCAAAAAUCUCGGGGUAAGUGCUUUAGCAGGGUUUGCUCUACUAAUUGUUAUGGGACCUGUUCAAGGAAAAGUUAUGAAAUCAUUGCAAAACGGACGCAAAAAAGCACUUAAACUCACCGAUGAACGCGUGAAAUUGACGCAAGAAAUACUACAAGGUAUUCGAGUGAUAAAAUACUAUGCGUGGGAAGAAAGUUUUUUGGAUACGUUAAGUAAAUUGAGAACUAAGGAAAUUAAAUACACGAGAUUCUUGUUGAUCAUGAGAUCCUGGAUUAUGGGCUUUUCAAUGGUGCUCCCAGUAUUUGCCAGCAUUCUAUCAUUCGUCGUCUACUCCCUCCGCGGCGGAGAGCUCACAGCUGAUAUCGUGUUCUCUUCG